AUGGAAAAAGAGAAUGAGAUUUUGCUAGGGCGCCAAUUUUCCUUAGACAAAAUAAAGGAUGAUAAUUCAGCAAUCCUAUUUUACACUGGGUUUCCUUGCUAUGAAGCACUAAUAAGUUUUUUCAAGUAUCUUGAGCCAAAAUUGGGGAAAAUGCAGUACUGGAAAGGAGAACACUUAGUGAGAGAGAGCCUGCCUUAUCAAGAGGAUGAAAAUAGAAAUAAGCCUGGACCUACCAGGAAAUUAACAUUUCUUGAUGAAUUUCUUUUAGUAUUGAUGCAACUGAAGGCUGGAUUAUUCGUGCAGGACCUUGCAGACAGGUUUGGUGUUAGUACAAGCCUUGUGUCCAGAAUAUUUAUAACCUGGAUCAAUUUGUUGUACUUGGAACUCAAAGACCUUUUCCCUUUUCCAUCACAAGAGUUGGUACGCAAAAACAUGCCAGAUGGGUUUGCCGAGUUUGCAACAACUAGAAUAAUAUUGGACUGCACGGAGAUAUUCAUUCAGCGUCCCUCUGCCAUGCUUGCGCAGUCUGAAACUUGGUCAGACUACAAGCACCACAAUACUUGGAAGCAACUUGUGGGAAUCACUCCAAAUGGGCAAGUCACCUUUCUUUCAGACCUCUGGGGUGGACAGGUGUCGGAAAAACAGAUAACCAGAGAAAGUGGAGUGCUAGAUUUAUUGAAUAGUGGUGACAAUGUUAUGGUUGACCGUGGCUUCGACAUAAAGGACAUUGUACCUGAUGGUGUCACGGUUAAUAUGCCCCCUUUUUUAGCCGGACGAGAUCAACUGACUGCAUCAGAGACAGAGGAAACUAUGACCAUCGCCUCUGUGCGAAUACACGUGGAGAGGGCAAUUGGUAGGAUCAAGACUUACCAUAUUUUGGAUGGGAACUUACCCAACACUUUAAGCCCUUACGCAACACAAAUAGCCACAGUAUGUGGACUAUUGACAAAUUUUCUUCCUCCAUUGCUGCCCCCUGCAAAACCAAAACCCUAAAUUCUUUUUUUAUUACCAGUAACUUUAUUUUUUGUACACACCUAAAAUGAUUUCUGGUAUGUUUAUCACUGAUUUUGCGACCCCUAGACAAUCAGAUGGGAGAUAAAGCAACAAACACAAAAUUUCAAGAAACAAGAUAAUUAAAUUGACAGUGUGGUUUCUUGAAGUUACGUUUUGUGGUUUGGUCUCUCUCCUGAGUGGCUCUUAGCUACUGUUGCUUAACUUUGGGGUUCUGUUAUUUUAAGUGGAAAAGUGUAUUGGUACUCUCCCAACACAUUCAAUAUACCCAUAACAAAAUAAGUCUUAGUUUUAUAAAGUUGUUGACUGUAACAAAUGUAACACCUAGGUGACAAUUCAAGUAUUGUCAGUUCAAACUUCACUCAAUAGAAGUGCAAAUUCAUCCUGCAAGGUAAUUUGCUUGUGUCAUCAAGGUUCUUAUGGGUACAGUUUUAGCACUGUUACAUGAAAGGAAAAGUAAUGGUUGUAGUUAUAUAUGAUGUAAAUUUACUACAGAAUAAUUGUUUACAAUUGCCUUUGAAAUCGCAUUUUCAAACCAGUACUUGUGCAGCAAUAUUGGCCAUAUGGCAACCAACCUCCAUGCAGGUAUAGAAUCUUACCCCGCUGCACUCGUCUGGUAAUGAGCUCAGGGAAAAGAGCACAUCUGUAAAAGAAAUCUAUCUUUGGCAGGGAGUCACUGAUCCAAGAGUUGUCCAAGUAAAUUUUCUCCACAAAUAGUGGUCUACUCUCUCCAAAGUAUACUACAAGAAUGAUCCCUUUAAGAUCCAAGUUAGAACAGUAGAGCUGCCCUAAUAAUCAUGAUUUCGUUUUAACCUUACAGUUCCUCAGCAAGUUUCUCUAGAAAAAAAGUUUUAUUUUGGCAGGCUUCUUCGAUAGUCAUGCCUGCUUUGCUUAAAGGAGAUUUAAUUUCCAUCCCCCAUUUUUCGUGAGUAUCCUUAAUGGUUACAAUCCUGUCUAUGCUUGCCCCCAGGUAUGGCUUGUCCUUGGACACCAGCAGCCCAAUUUCCUCAACAGUAACAUCAAUGCCAUUCUUUUCCAUUUCCCUCAUGUAAAGGGUCACUGCCUUUGCUUCACUUUCGAUGCCAUAUUGAGUAGCAUCUGUAGUAAAAUUCAAAUAGAGGAUUGAUUUCAACUUAUUUGAAGGUUCCACUUUGUUCUUAGCUGCUUUUCCAAAGUUUGAAGCUGUCAAAAGAGAUUUCCUCUUUUCAAACCAAAGAUUGUUUUUGUUUUGUCCUUGAGUUGUUCUCUCCGUUUCAUCUAUCUCUUCUUGAGUGAUUGUUAAGCUGGAAACAUAGGAAUCAACCAUAGAUUUAAAGCGCUCAGUAGCAAUAUCGUAACUGUCUGUAAAAGGCACAGACUCUGGUGCCUCGUUUGUCUCUUCAGGGUCUGACUCCUCUACACAGUUUGACUUGAUGUCAUGGAACAAAAAAAAGGAACUGGCAGGGAGACAAUUUUGAAGACUUUCACUUAAAAUCUUGAAACUGUUUUCCUCUCUUGUUCGUUGAUUGGGUGAUCUUGGAUCAAAUUUUAUAACCUUCGACUGAAGACGAAUAUUUUUCUUACCAAAUUGUAUCUUUCUGAUUAGCACUUGGUCGAGAGGUUUAGCUGCAACGCUUUGGUUGCGGGGUACAACCCACACAGACAGCCGCGAUGUGCAUGACAAAGGCUCGGCAUGCCUUUGUUAUCCCCUUCUCGUAAAAUCUUCAAUCACAAACAACACUCCUCCAACGUGGUUACAUUUACCUUUUCCGGAUAAACCAAGCCCAGCCGGACACGUGCAUGCCGCAUGGAUGUUAAUGUAGUCAUAUUGCAUUGUUUAUUAGUACAGGUUAAUGUAUUGGUUAAUGUAUUCUUCAUCUUGCUCUAUAGCUAGAUUUUUGUUGCUUAAAGUGCAGUAUGUCUUCCUUUUUACAUCACUUCCAGUACACUGUCCUUUAACAAUGUUAUGUUCUAAUUCUACAAUAUCAAUGUUUAUGUUAUGAAUGUCAUCAAUUUCUGUUAUUGUAGUUGCUUUGUUUGUAUUGACAUACUUAACAUCAUCAAAUGUGCAAACUGUGAGAUUUUUUAAAUUCUCUCUUGGUUAUAAUGUUUAUGCAAUCGAUUGAAGUUUUUGCGGUUGCCAUGUUGUUCCUUCAGGUACAACGGAAUCCGAUGAAACAAAGAAGUCAGUACCCCAUUAGUUGGCCAUCUUAAAGGCAAAUAAAAAGAGGAAAACCACUUCUGAUGUAUUUGCAAAGUUUGAUAAAGUGUUUGAGUCCUUUGCGGAGUAUCAGCAAGUGCUGACAAGAGCUUCCUUGAACCUGAAGCAGCAAGAGAGAGGUGAGAGGAGGAAAGAGCAGAGAAACAAAGAAAGUAGGAUCAAGAAUUUCUCCUGAAACAGGCGCAGGUUCUUCACAAGUAAAACCAAGUAAGUACCUUAUAUUUGUGACAUCGUGACAAUUGCGUUACCCUUUAGUCUCGUGAUCAGUGAUGCGCAACAAUGCCUAGUAAGCAGAUCUCGUUUAUAGUUUAGUGUCGAUGGUGCUCUGGUUUCUCGGUAGCACCCAAGUUUCUUCGAGACUUCUUAUUUCACGUUUCUUUCACGUCGUUGUCCGCCCCGAUCGGGAUAGAGGUAUGUUCAUGUGACAUUGUAGCGCUCCUAGGUUAUGUUUACUGUUGUACAUUUGAUUUAAGUACUCGUUAUUUGGUGAUUUCACGAAUGAUCAAUUCUGUUGUUGUUGUAUUGUUUUUGGAUCAUUCACCUCAAUAGUUUUCGCUUAUUAGUUAAGCUCAUGAUAAUUAAGUUUAGUUGGCCAUUGUAUGAUUAUUUUCAGUUUUUACGUGUUGGAUCAUAAUAAAGGAUUGCCAUCGUGGUGUUGCGAAAUGGUAAAAUAUGGUUCAACUCAGUUUGUAAACCUAUCGCCGCUGUUAUAAUAUUGUUAAUUAAUUUGCUGUUACUUAUUGCUCAAACUGUAUAGCUUGCAUUUUUUUGUGGUUUUAUCUCGCAUGUGAUUGGUAAAUACACAAUUAAAAUGUCAAAGUCAAAAAAUAUUGAAGUGUUUAUGAAUUUUGGAUUCACAUAGUACAUGUAAUAGCUAAAAUCUUUCUUUAAUUAAACUUGCACAGUCUGCACAGUAGUUCAUGUUAGUCAAUAAAGUUGUUGUUUUGUUUUGCUUUUUAGUCUCUUGGCUCACAAUCUCUUAUUGAGCAGGUCAGGAGAGAUUGCAUGAUGAGCCAAAAGAAUGUCUGCAUGGGAUUCUAUUCACACAGUAAUUAGCUUCUCUGAUGGCUACAGCAUUCCUGUUUUGUCCUUGGUUUGGGUCGACUGGGAAAACACUAAGAUGGAGCUGCACAUCUUGUAGCCACUCUUCAUUUAAGUCCUCACCCAUGACUUCACAGAAGUUGUGCAACACACAACAAGCAGCAAUGACAAGACAAACAGUCUCAACAUUGAGGUCCACCCUCUUUGCAAUGCUUCUGAACCUACCCUUUAGCCUUCCAUAGGCAUUCUCAACCACCACUCUUGUCAUGUUGGGGAUCUUGUUGAAAUUCACUUCUUCUCCAUUAAGUUCCCAUUACUGUAUACCACUUCAUUAGCCUGUCACUGAUGUGGAGUCUCCAACUAUCAAGGGCGGAACUCUCACGCCUGAUAUGACUCAAGAUAAUUGAAGUGGUAGGAAAGUCCUCCCACAGCCGUGGGAAAACAGGGGUAAAUUUUUAAAUAAGCGUGCAUUGUGAACUUUUGCCAGCCAUCCAACAAAACUGUCCACAAAACGAUAGUUGCUGUCAACCAAUCCCUGCAAUGUUACUGCCUGGAAUCCUUUUCAAUUCACAUAAUCUUCCGGACUUUGGAGGGGUGCAAUGACAGGCAUAUGGCAAACAUCAAGAGCGGCCACUAAUUGGGGAUGAAGACCUGCUUUCACUCCAAACUCGAGGUAAGCUUGGGGCUCAUUGAAAUAGCUUGUGCGUCAACAACAAUACAGAUGAUACAAGACAUCUGCAUUGGAAGUAUCUGUAGAGUUGUCUCCUGGAAAGCUUUGGACAACUUUCCGCAUUUUUUUGGCUUUCUUCUCUGUUUUCCAACACAAAAGCACAAUAUUUCGCCCAUCCCCCAUUUUGCUUACAUUUUACAUGUUGUGGCUGUAUGAUGUUGUAACAUUUCACGUCAAUUACACUUACAUGAGUACGAGGCCGAGCAUGAACAUGAGGCUGCAUUGUUGUCAGCUCUUGUUGUUUGCUGUGAGCGGGUUGAUCAGUUAACCAUGUUUAAUUAAACAUGGUUUCAUUAAACUCUGUUUAAUUAGACAUAUUUUGAUGGUGUGAACAUGGUAUAAGUUUGAAAUGCAAUGUUAAAGUUGCUGUGUUUGAAAUACAAUUUAAAAGUUGCUAUGUUGCUGUUUGAAAUUAAGUAUUAAAGUUACAAUUCAGCUUUCCUGAACAGUUGUUAACAUAAUACAUUAUAUGAUUAAUUGCUUCUGGUUACAAUUGGGUUAUUCCAUUUUAUCAUAUCUGCUCCCCCUAUACAAGAAACUAGUCUUUGAUUAAGAAUUAGCCUACACAAGUCUAAGAACUAUAUAUAAUCUCCUAGAUACAUGCUGUCAUUGACUGCCUAUUUUUUAGUAUAUCUAGAUCCAAAGGCAGAUGGGAGUGACCUACAAAAUGUACUUAUGUUUGAGAAAGGUAUUGAGUUUUUUGUUUACAUUAUGUACCAUCUCUUUUGGAGAGGAAACAAAAGUGAAAUAAAAUUACUAUUAUCAUACGACUCCACAGGUUCUCAAGCUGUUGUGUUAUAAGUAAUUGUUGUUGUUAAUAUAAGCUUCUAGAAAUCUCCAGACUGCUUAGUCAUGCUGAUAUGUGUACCAAAGAACUUUCUUCAACAUUUCAUCAAGUCACGCUGUUAUUAUGUAAUACUACUACACUGGUUCUUUUGAAAUGUUCCGGAACACAUUAUGUGGUAUUUAUAGGAGUUGCUCCUUGUUAAGAAUAUCAUUCUUUGUUUUAUAAAGUAGCUGAGUUUGUAGGAUUGCAGAGUUUUUCUGCUGGUUACAUUAUACAGUAACAGAUGUGCAACACCAAUGUUGUAUUAAAAUGAAUAUUGGUUUCACCCUUAGAAAGAACACCAACCAACUUCAUGCAACUACCUUUCCGAAGGUUGUCAGUGAUUUCAGUGAUUUUGUCAGUGAAAGGCAUCUAUGUUUAUGGGGAAGACACCACCCCUCUUGAAGAAAAAAAAUACUUCCUUUCAGACAUGUCAAUUCUCAGCUUUCUAAGAUAAAAAACUAAUCAUCUCUAUGACAAAUCAUACUGAUGGAGAGUCUCAGGCACAGGAAAACACAGAUGAAACCAACCUGGUACAAGGAUUGACACAAUGCACAACUACAGCUGUGUAACACAAUGUGAUAAAACACCAAAACUUCAGUAAAAGAGGUGAAAUAAUGGUCAUAUCCAUUGCAAGUGUUGUUGUGGUGUAGAACACAAAAAAUAUAACCAAAAUUUUAAGUCAAUGCAUAACAUUACUUAGGUAUGUUACCAAAGUCCAUUCCCAAUACCCAUUUUAUACUGUUAUAAGAGUGUCACAGUUUCUUUUUCCUCAUCCAUGUAUAAAUUCUUUUUCGCUUUACUAAAGUAAAUGUUUCACAUUUUCCCUACUCCUUUGUUUCAGGUCAUCGAUAAAAAUUUGUGUUUCACUGUUGUGUUCAUAAAACGUCUCAAUCCAACUCACUAGAGUAACCCCAAUCCACCUGAGAGUUUCCGCAUUUCUAAAAAUACCUUCACCAUACUCUUUAAUCUUACAAAAUAAUAUUACAUUCUUUUGCUUUUCAUGACAGUAUCUUUUUCUAACAACAAUAUCCAACCUAUUACCAGCAUUCUGCAUGCAAGGGCAGCUUUAGUGAUAACUAUUACUAAUAGCUUCUUUGAUGUUUGACAUCAGAGACAGAAAUGCACCUCACAGCAUUCAAUAACUCUUCAAGAUAUUUGGGAGAUCCAUUUUUAUAACAACCAAUCUUCCGCCUCUGGUAGCUUUUAUAAACAAACCUGGUCAAUGAGGAAUGUGUGAAGUUGAGUGCAUGUUUUAGACAGUUUGGAGAUCUCCACAAAGAGAUAAAACUUCUCAGUGGAGGAUGCUUCUUUUAAUACAAACUAAUUUUGAUGCAAGUCAAUUUAGUACUUAAUUUUUAUGACGAGCCCACAGGUAAGAGUUUCAGACUUGCCAAUUUCAAUGGGCAGGAGGUUGAUCAGCUGGUCGAACUAAGAAACGUGGAGAAAACCAAGAAAACAACAAACGAGUCUAUAUCAACCUUUCUAAAUGAAUAAUAAAUACCAGCAGUUUGAGAUAAUAAAACUGCUCUGGUAUGGGAAGCCAUUUAAAUGCUUUUGGCAACAAAAACUGUACCGAGUGAGUUAUGCAAAGUUUCUUUCCUAAAGGCCUUCUUUUUUUUUUAAUCAAAUACAGAAAGUAAUGGAGAUCAAUUUCUAUCAGUCAUUCUACUGUUCAGUUUCAGCCUGUUACUCAAAGAAAGCUAUACAAACACCACUCAAAAACAUGAAGAUUGGCCAGCUGGACCACAACCUGGGGCAAUUUUGCACUGAAGCACAAAAGGGGAGCCACACAUUAAAUCCACCUUGCUUGGAUCCAGAUAAAGAAUUGAAAGAUAUCUCAGCUCUUCUGGAUAAACACAACUUUUCAAUUUUAGACAAAGCGGAAAGGAAAACAUAACUCACAAGCCUAAGCACCUCAAAAACCUCGAAGCUAGAGAAAUCUUAACUCAUUUUUCGUCACUUUCCCUUUGAGAAAUGUCUGCUUACCUAUUGUCCUUUUCUCUCUCUGGAAAGGCUGUGAGAGACAGAGAGGUCUGACGACCAAGAACUUUUAAGUUUGGCAACUAUGCAACUGGGAAAAAGUUUGCAACCAUAAUCAAGUUUCAAAAAAUCAUUCAGGCAGUGCCAAUGACAAGUUCAGUAAGGAAAAGAAAGAUGUACAAACUGCAGACCAAUACAGUGGCUGCAAAGCCAUAAAGCUUUAUUGUAAAAAGAUUAACCGGAGAUGCUGUGCAUUUUUUCCUGUAGCCAGGCAAGUUUCAGUGUUGAAGAUGGUGUGGUUUAAGCAAAGGCCAAUAGGCAUCAGCACACUGGCAACCAUGAUGAAAAAAAUCAGGGAAGCAGCCUGACUGUCCAAAAUAUACAGAAACCAAAGUAUAACGGCGACAGCCAUAAUUCUGUGGUCCAAUAAGUAUAUGUCGUUAUCUUGGCAAUGCUGGUCAGUUAGCACAGAACAAUCUGCUCUUAAUCUUGACCAUUCAACAUUAUUCUUCUCAUUCAUCGUACAUCAGAAAAAUUUGCAGCGGAGAUAUUAACACAUCUGUGUUUUUAUUCACUUAUUAUGCCUUCUCCAGGUUUCAGCAUGCUUUAUGCCUUACUCAAUGUUACAAAAGAGUCAAAAAACAAGUCAAAUUCACAGAACUGACAAGAAAAAAAAGCAUCCCUCAAAGGCCUUCACAACAAUCCACACUCAUUAAAGAUAGUCAGCAAACAACAUCACAUAAUGUACUAAACAACAUUCUCACCUGUGAUUUUCAGAGAGCAAGCCUCUAAGUGGAGAAAAGGAAAUCAUCUGUAGAUCUUCAAACAACAACUUACUUGCUCAAACUCAUUUUAAUACCAAGAUUUGGGAUAUUUCUAAAAUGCAGACAUGAAGCAUGAACUCUGAGUUGCAAGCCUCCCACACACCCUGAUUAAAGAUCUAAUUCUUCUUGCAGACAUAACAAGAAAACAGGCAAACUUUUGGAUUCAGGGGCUGCGAUGCCAACCAAAGAGGCAUUCAGAGAAGCUCUGUCUUGUGCAUAGAUUGAGACUUUUAUCCUUUCCAUUCCAUAAUUGUUUUGUUGAUUUCAAUAAUUGUUAAUUUCUGUUUUUCAGCUAGGGUAUCAUUGUUUCAAUAAUUAGGAUAGUCUUUCACUAGCUCGUGCUCCUAGUUUUGCAAGUCACAAAGCAUAGGAGUUGCUGGAGUCAUCAGGCAUAUUUGGAGAAUCCAGGCAAUUUUUCCUUGUUCUUCACCACCCAGAGCUAAAAUCAGAUGUAAGUGGUUUCUGUUUGAUUGGCCCAAUUUUUUCUAUAUAUCAUUUUGUUUCACAAUCUAUCAUAAAAAAGACAAUUGGCUCUUUCAUUUGUUAUUUCACCAUCCUCUUUUAUCUAAAGCCAGUUUGUUAACAGAUGAUCACUUUGCUAAGUUGGUUUACCAUCAGUCGCACUUGGUGCAGACUUCUUUUUAGAAGUCUUAAAGUUAUGCAAUUAUGCAGCUAUAUAUUACGAGUUAUCAAUUUUCAACCUACUAAUACUAAUACUAUUACUGCUUCUGCUUCAUAAAUAAAAAGUAUUUUGAGUUGAAAAGAUAACGUUUUUGAUGUGUCAUCACAAAUCAGCUGCUGACAUGUCACUUGCCUUUUGCGCUACUCUUCCAGGUUGAUGAAUGAAAAGCAAAACCUUCACCAUUCACAAUCCAUGGUCAUUUCUCGCUUUACAUCUGCUAAAUCACUUAAAAAUUUGUAUCACUUACAGACACUGACAUUCAAAAUUUCCUUGAAGAGGAAGAAAACUAAAAUAUGCUAAGAAAAAAACUGGAGGUACAUGUUAAUGGCAUUUCUUGGGGCUUUGAACAUUGAAGAUUUGCCACAGGGCUAUUUUAGCUGCAUACUGUAUUUACCUGCAUGAUACACACAUUUUUUUGGAAAAAUAACUUUCAAAAUUUUGGUGCAUAUUACACACAGAUCUUAUUGUUUGACAUGUGCCUCCUAAUUGGCAUACAGUGACAAAAACAAAAGGAAGACUGUAACAAGCUCUGUUGUAAUUGGUCUUUGUUAACUUAAGUAAAAUCAUUUACCAAUAAAAAUUUUUCAAUUUUGAUCCACAAAUAAAUUUAGUUGACUAUAUAACAAACAGCUGAUGAGAUAACCAUCAUGAUUUCUCUCCAUCAAUCUAGAGAGACAAGAACUACAAUGUGGCAACAAACCUUACCACUGAGAAAUGUCAGGGCAACACAGUCUCUGACAAGCUACAAAUUGUCAAGUUUGUUAGACAAAAUGGAAACCAUGCUGCCAAACAUAAAUUUGGUGUGUCAGAGAGCCAUGUCAGGCUGUGGCAAAGAAGUAAAGAGGAUUUACAGAAGAUAUCUCCGCUCAAACAUGCAAACUGUGGAAAGCAAGCUGUGUGGUUGGAGUUGGAGAUUGAUCUGUUGGCACAGAUUACAGAGAGGAGAAAGAAUGGCUUAGCUAUCCUUCUUUCCUUCGUUUGAAUGAAAGCACUUAGGCUUGCCAAAGAGGAGAAAUACAACAUUCCUGUUGGAGUGUCUAAAGGCAGCAAUCACUGAUGCCAGGGAUUCAUGAAGUAGAAUGGCCUUUCACUUCAGCAGAAAACCAUAUUGGCACAAUGACUUGCCAACGAUUCUGGGGAGAAGUUUGCACUGUUUCAUCACUUCAUCAUCAAUCACCACAAAAAACACAACUAUCCUCUGCACCUGAUUGCUAACAUGGAGGCUCUGCUCACAUUUAACAUCCCACCAAAUUGCACAAUCAACAACACAGCUGAGAAAGCCUUAAAAAUAUGCACAAAAGGAAAUCAGAAGAAUUGUCUUACAGUUGUGUUUCCCUGCUGUGGAAAUGUUUCAUCUCACCUUUUAUCCACACAUGUGAGCGCUUGGUCAGUGAUAAGACCUCUCACAUUUUCAGACAUUUCUCAACAAUCACACUUUUAUAUAACCUCAUUAAUACUGUUAAAAACCUACUUCAACAAUGUGCAGUGAUGGCUACAACUGGCAAAGCUACGUUUAGCAUAGAUGGUUGUACUAUCCAUUCACCAUUAAAACUUCCUGACAGUGCAAAAGGCAACAAAUAUUUAACUGGGCAAAGCCUCAUUAGACUACAAAAUAUCCUAAAAGAAGUAAGCUAUGUUAUAAUUGAUGAAUACUCAAUGUUAGGCCAAAAAUAGUUUCCUGGGUUGACCAACAGUGCAGGCAACCUACUGGUUUAACAGAUCAACUCUUUAGUGGAAAGUCAAUUAUAUUAGUCGGUGAUCCUAAGCAAUUACCUUUGCUAGCAGAUAAGCCUCUUUAUCACUCUAAGCCCUCCAGUACUCUACAAGAAUAAGGUCAUUUAGCCUAUUUCAAGGUUAACACUGUUUAUAAACUAAAUGAAACAGACAGUAAAAGGAUCCACCCCAGAACAAGGUACAUUAAAAGAUUUAUGGAACCAAUUGUGCACAAGAAAUUGCUAAAAAGAUGAGUAAAACCUUCUCUUAAUUUGUCAACCAUUAAUAGCACAAAAUAUCACUGAAUUUGAAAAUGCAACUAGACUGUAUUACAGCAAAGAAGUUGCAAACUACAACUUUCAAAAAUUACCUUCUCUCCAACAACCAACAGCAGGGAUUAAUGCACAACACUCAACUGAGGCAGCCAAAAAGAUAAGUGCUGAUGAAAUGUCAGGAUUAGAACUUGUCUUCCUUGCAAAAUGGACACAUCUUAUCCUUACAAUGAACUUGUGGGCAGACAUUGGUCUUUGCGAUGGUGCAACUGGAACUAUAGUUCAUUGUGAUGACGUUGCUCUUUACCACAAAUCCACAAGUGUGGUUGAUAUCCAAAAUUCCAAAAGAGAAGACCAUAACAGCCCUACUUGGAGGUAUCACUGAAAUCGAUGUAGAGAAGUUUCAUUUGCAUUUGCAAGAUAAAACACAAAAUGCAACCUUGAGGUGAUGAAAUCUGACAAAUUGCUUCACAAAAGCAAACAUCACUAUCAUAGCUGAAAAUGGUGAAAAAGUUGCAAUAUAUUACUGUCCUCAAAUAGUCACCCAAGAGUUCUUCACAACCAUAUCCUGCACUUGUGGCAGCACUUUGGACCAGGAUGUAUCACAUAUGUCAGCUGAUCUUAGGGAGGAAAAUCUUCUUAAAGUUACUUAAAUGACAUAGUUGAUGAACACACAAAUAUCCAAUCCACUAAUCCCCACAAAAAGAUGCAGUUUCAGUGACAUUCUAAUGAAAGUUGAACACAGCACCUCCUGAAGAGACCUUUUUAGUUUUAGACACAAUGUUCAGGAAUAUUUUUGGAUUUUCCACACAAUUAAACCAUUUACUUUCUUUUUGCAAAAUGUAAAAAAUGAACAAAAGGCAUACAUAUUUCUAUUUUUUUACUUCUACAAUUAUUUUGUAAUUACCUAAGAGAUAUCGAAGACCAUUAAAGUUGUAAAAUAAAACAAAGCAGCAUCAAACAAGAUUCUUAUUGCUGAGACUGUUGUUUCUUGUUUAGAAACUUAUUCUUCAGGAAAUUUUCCUGAAUUUUUUCAUGCACACUUGUGUAUAUUCAAACUAUUUUGUUUUUCUAUCUAUGAUACAUUUGUAACAUGCUUGAAUUAACAUUGUCUAUCUUGUUGAUAUCUUUUUGUUGUUUGUUUCUGUAGGAGACCCUGCAUACAAUUCUUCAAAUGAGCAAAAUUUAUGACACUUUGGUUGAUUCUAGAAUAAACCCAUUUUAGCUGUUAGUUUCAUUAUUGCUCUUUCUAACACGCAUUUUAUUUUCAGUUCAAUGUCCUUUUUUUGUAACAUCAUUCUGCUACUACAACCCCAUUGAUUAAAAAUUACAGUUUUUUAUGUAAUACUGAAACCCAUAGCUCUCCACUACAAGCUAACAUGAAUUCAAGAAAUUCACAACAUUCCCCCAUUUUUCCUCACCUGGAAGAAUCAAGAUUGUUGUGUCUUAGAAGGCUUUUAAAUGCAUUAAUACAAGUUACUUUCAGUUUCAAAUGUUAAAGAGAAAUUAGUACUCAGAAUAAUUCUACAGAGUACCUAAACAUCUACCACCACAUAACUCAGUGGGCAAGACCAGUUCUGCCUGAUGAUUUCAAUUAUUUAAUUAAGAGCAGUGGCCACACAUAGUCCUUGCCUACCUAUGGACUUCCAGGAAUUAAACAAUAUUGAAACUAAGCUUUUCACAUCUCUAAAUAUCUUUUGUUACCAGAAGUUGGAAACCAUAGUGUGAGCCCUCAAUGAAAGAUUGGAAAACAUAAGAUAAAGAAGAUUGAAACACAGCUAACAUGAUUAACAAGUGAAGAAUUCUUCACAGGAAUUUUUAGUUCAAUAAUAGUCUUCUCCGUAACUGUGACUGUUAUUUUAUCUUUCAUUUAUAUGUCAUUUUAUCAUAUCAAAUUUUAACUCUUUCUCAUUUAAUAUCUUUAAUCUGGAUUAAUACCACAUACCUGAUUGUAGUUUUUCUAUCUUAGUAUUCUUGUAAUUUAUUCUUUUACCUUAUGGCAUACUACCACAAAGCAAUAGCGGGUUUACCACUACCAGCAAAAAAAAACCUUUAACAUGAAAGUGUCAGGAGCCCAUCAGCACAGAGCCUGCACCUUCCAUACUAAUCCUUUGAGUCAACCCUCCCCCUUUUUUAUCAUUAGCGGGGGUCUUGGAUUCCCAGGUAUUCUUUGGAAUGCCCAAUCAGAACAUAGCUGAUUAUCUUAUGUCACACACCACUGAUCACAGCUAUCAGGGGCACACAGCAAUAUGAUUGCAGUGAUAGCAGAGCACAGGGAAAAUUCAUCAAAUGAAGAAAGUGAAAGUUCUGAUUGUUACAAUGUCUCUUCAUCUGAAUUAAGCACAUCCUCCAAAAUUAGUGGUGAGGAAGAAAGCAUAUCAAACCAGGUUAAAGUGAAAGGUGAUGUGUCCACCACAAAGAACUCACAGCCGGGAAGGAGGCAAAAGAAAGAUACAUCUUUAAAUGCUAAAGAUAUGGAAGACAUCAAAACCUGGAUUUUCACAGUAGCAGAAGUCAAGAAAGUCAAAGAACAGCUCUGGUUGAUUCUGAUAGGGGGAUGCACAAAUUAAAGGUUAUCGUAAAUGUUUUCUGGAACAUCUGUUAUUCAAAGCAGAAGUGAACAAUUUUCAGUUGCUGGUGAGUGGGUUUUGCCACAAGUUUUCUACUCUAGCAAUUGAAGCAUUCAAGAGCAAUCUUCACACUUACAGGAAAGCACCUUUUUUCGGUUGCAUGGAUGAAGUUUCUGUCCAACAUACUUCCUGGAAAAACAAUGCAAGAGCAAAUGAUCAUGGAGAGGGUAUUGAGGAAUUUGAAUCAGCAGUCUGAUUCAUGCUCAGUUCACAGCGUUCUAAGUGAAAUACAUUAAAGUGCAAGGAAUCAAAUCUAGCUUUCAAGAGAAAUCAAUCCCCCAUCUAAGUUUAAGGUUUGAUCUCUGUAACCUUUCUCUGAAUAUUUGUUUUGGGUUAAACUCUUCCUGUCAAUUAGUUUUCCUAAUACAGCUGAGUAAGUAAAGACAGACAAAUUCCCUCCACUUAUGUGCUUAAGUGCACUGAAAAUUUCCUCCAAUGCACUGCCAUCGAUCCUUAAUGGACUGAUGAAAUAUCUCCCAUCUAGCAACACACUGAUAACAAAACCACUCACAGCGUAAGAGAAAGCAAUGAUCGACAACUUGAGGGAGAUUCCAGGUCUAUGAAAAAUAACAGUGACACAAUAAUUCAGUAUGGCACAGUAGCAGGCAGGGUUUCUGUUAGAACCAAGACACCAGGACCUUUACUCAGCUAUUUGAAUGUUUGUUGCAGCUAUUUCACUUGAUGUUUUACUAUUAAGUUUUAAAAUUGAGCUGACAUGCAUUAAGUAUUUUAACUUUAUUUCCUAUAUAUCAAACAAGAUUGUUAUUUAUUUCAUUGUGGUUAGGUAUUCAGUCUUGCCACAUAAUCUUUAAUGAUUAUCUUCUUUCAAAUUCCUGGUUGCUCUUCAACAAAACAAAUAAAUUCUAAAGUUUGUCCUACUGGUUUGAUGUAAACAAUGUGAGGUGAAGCAAAACCAUAGUCUACUUUAACUUGUUUAUCACUUUAUGAAUAUGAUAUAAACAUGCUUUGAGUUUUAAGUGUAGUUUUAAUAAAAUUACAGGCAGACAGUGAAAAGAACUUUUGCUCCAAGUGCAGAUAAGACCUCUCCAGCAAGCGCUUUGCCUGUUUCAACCACUGAAGAACCUUCCAAUGAAACCUCCUCAAAUCUUAAGCUCAACCACAGUGUUUCCAGGCCACAAGUGAUUGCUGAGGAUUCAUCCCUUCUUCCCAUAGCCCAUUCUUCAUCUGCUUCUUCCAGCAGGCCAACUUCAACAAAGCCACCUGUUUAGAGCGAUGUCAGUGCUAUGUGUGAACUGAUAUAUGGUUUAUUUCCUGGAGGUGAAAUUGUGCAUAGUUUCUACCACUGCUCUGAAAGUGAAUGUAACUAACAGAAGGAGAAGGGGAAGAAAAAAUUUGACCAUGCAUGGAUCUUUAAACACAAUUUAACUUAGGGUACAACAAGAUGACCAUGGUGGUUGCUUUUUGUCCAAGAAAAGAGAAUGUACUAUUUGCUCUGCCAACUUCACCAUGCCAUGAGUAAGCAUAGCAAGAGCUCAUUGUAAGGUAUGUACCCUGCUGUACAAUUCCAAACCUCAGUGCUUAUGGAACACUGUAAUGGACAGAAAAACGAAAAAUUCCACUGUAGCAGAAAUGCUGAAGAGGACCUCGAUUUUCCAAGCAAAACUAAAUGAGCACAAUCUCCACCAGCAUGAAAUUCUGUUUAGUGUUUUUAUGUUGUUGUACUGGCAAGUUGAGCAUUAAGAACCAGAUGAUCUCCCUGCAACUAUGGAGAUUGACCCAUGUUCCUCCCGUGUCCCAAAAGUUGUCAAAGAGCCGAACUUUAAUGCAUAUAUGGCCUUAACUGUGAUGAUGUGGACAACAUAGAGGACUCUGACAAUGAAUUAGACUAUUUUUGUGAAUAAAUCUUUAGAUAAUUUCUUGCAGCAUUUCGAAGCUUUUAUGUAUACAAAUACCAUUAUUAGAAGUGUAAUACAGUGAAAAAAUUGAAUGAUAAUGAUUAUGUAACGAUUUUAAUCGAUUUUUCAGAAUGAGUUAAAUCAGUUCAAGUAGAUUGCUUGAAUAAAAAUGGACAGAUUGUAGUGAAUUUAAUUGAAAAAGAAAAUAUCAAAACCAAAUAAGCAUAGAGUAACACCAGUCUGAGGAAUGUAAUAUGCAGUGUUUAAACGCUGCAAAAUAUUCCAACAUACGAGGGUGAGAAAUUGAGAGAUGAUGCUGUUACAAAGCACACAUUGUUUUAUAAGCUUGUUUGCCUUAAUAAGACUGAUUUCAGACAAGUUCUGAAGGGAAAACAUUGAAUAUUGAAUCUUCUAUACUUUCACUAGGCACAAAAUGAUGCAAGAGUAUGUGCUUGCUGUAGCAUUUUCUUCCCUGUUUGAUCAGGCAAAAGGUGCAAAGAUUUCAGUACAGUAAAAAAUUAGUCACAAAAAUGUCUUCGUUUCUUAGCUUCAGAUUUCUUAAGAACCCUUUAAAAAUUUCCUAGACAGCCUCAAACAUCUCAAAACUUAAUCUGAGCUCAAUCCUCAAAGUUUACAAAAAUUAAGAACUGGUUUAGAAGGACUAUGUACUCACUUGUACACUUGUCUGAUAAAAUAUCUCUAUGGGAUGAAUAAGCCACAAUCUUCAGUAGAUUUUGUCACAUAAUACAGUACUGCUCACAUAUACAUUGACCGAAAAACGUGAAUUAAACACAAAAAAUUGCAUGCAAUUGUGAAUAAAAAAAAAAUUGUGUGUGUCAAAAAAUCACACGUGCACUCACAACUUCGAGACAUCAGCCUCAUUAGUAUGUAUGAGGUAGUCAUUUUGUUUUUCUAUUGUUGGCGGUUUAUUGUUUUAAAGAAUAGGGUUUAAUUCAAUAGCACUAAAAUACUACACGGCUACCAAUGACAAGCAAACUUAUUGUUUGCAAUUGCUGUUUGAACCGACCUUCCCAGUAUGCUAUUACCAAUAUGACUUCAUAAUCGGAAUAUAUAAAUGAUUUACCAUUUUCCAAUGGAAUUCAUUUAUCAAAAUAGCUAUUUCCCACUUCAUAUAUAAAAACAUCCAUCACAACAGCUUAGGAAUUUGUUCAAAAUAAAUUCAUUCUCAGUGUAUUGUAAUUCAGUAGAAUCAGCUAAGGCACCCCUUUGUAACCAGUUGUCGCAUCCGGAAUGCAAACCCACGCACAAAUGCUUAUUUCAUAGCUUUUGUAAUUGAUGAACAUGCUGUUCUCAAAAACUGGUUCAUUCAUCUCGCCAUUUCUACAAAAACUAAUAAGUGCUACUCGCUUAUUUUAAUGGUGUGGUGUUACGGUAUGAUUACUUGUCAAGACUACAUCUUGCUCUAACUCGUAUGCAAAUUUUUUUACAGGAAACCAGAUUCGCUUUUUGUUUCAAUAUUUGUCGAAUCAUCAAUCAAUGUUCACCAAAUUGCUCGAAAAAAUGGAACAGAAAAAUUAACUGCAGGAUACAUGUAGCUCCAGUUUGUUUAAGACUCACAGGCGAGUGUAAUUAGGCAAAACAUCAAGAUGGCAAUAAUCGAACUUGUGUAGUCAACUUACUUAUCGAACUUAUGAGUCAACGAACUCAAAGCAGUCAGAAGUGGAAACUCAUGAUGAUACCCUUCUUUUACUAAGGUCGCAGUCAACAUCAGAAAAAAAUUUUGUGGUUCAUCUUAUAUGCCAUUUCUUUUUGCCGCACAAAUUGGAUGGACAAAAUUUUAGGGGGGUUGGAAAUAAACUUCUGCUUGAUCCACUUAAAAUGGAAAGGAUAAGACAGAUAAUCUUUAAAUUUUUUCCAUUAACAUGAACACAACAAGAACAGUAACAUGCUUUUUUUAUAAAUUAUCUAACAUGUCCUAUUACCACAAACACAUGAACAAAACAACAUUCUCAGAAAGCAAACUGUACUGCUCCUAACUUGGCUCAACAUUUGUCACCACUAGAGUUUGUUUCAUCAUUUUCUUUUGCUUCCAAAGAUGGUGUUGUCCCCCAGUGCAAGCAUUCUACCAACUUUUCCUUACCUAAUGCUGGCAAUCUAUUGUUUUGCAAUUUUUCCAUGAGAGAAGUACAUCCAGUGAUUUCUUUUUCCUGAAAAGCAGGAGCUGGACAGACGUGAAUCUGACAGAUAUGUCAAAUUUACAACCUAAGAUUUAAAGGAAAACGUCAAUUAAGAAGAUUUGAUCUCUCUUCUCUAACACGAGUCUUUCAGGUAGAGGGCUGCCAAAAUAAUCUAUUUUACUUAGUAGUCAAAUGUUGAAGAUAAAUGAUUUGUACCGCGGGAUGCUGUAUGACGAUCAACACUGAGGAUAUACGUGUACGUCUACAUGUACGCUAAAUCUCCAAGUCUAAGAACUGGUCAAUUUUUAGAUCCAAAUUUAAUUUUGCGCAGCAAUCAAACGAUGAAGAUAGAAGAUUCAUACCGCGGGAUGCUGCAUGAUGAUGAACACUCAGAAUAGUCAGAAUACAACUAUGGCUGCCAAGUUUACGUUUGGGCUAAAUCUCAGAGUCCAAUUACUGGUCAAUUUGUAGAUCCAUGUCUGUGGUUAACAAAUACUUUGCCGCUUUUCAGUGCACCCACGACUGACAAAUUGAAAAUUUGGCGAAGACAAAUUUUGUCGAGAGUAUAUGAGGAGCCAAACAAACUUCCAGCGCGCCCGGGCUUACACACACCCUUUCGCACCUACCGAGAACGAAUCUACGCGCGAAAUUCCCAUGAUCAGGAAAAUUUUAAAACAUAGCUGACACAUACUGUUAACUUUGACAAAAAUUAUAGUUUACUUAAUCCAAGAAAUGUGUGCAAGCAUGAGGCUAUACGGAAAUCUUGCCCGACUAAUCACCACUGUGCUAUCGAUUUCAGCCGAAUGAUAAUUUACGUAAACAGUUAAAUACAAUAUCGCUUAUGAAAAGGUUACCUGCUCUUCCAACAUUUCCGAAGUAUAAGCUUAGGCUGCAGUUACAUGUGCGACCACAGCGACCGUCAAACAGAAGAGUACGUGGCUCAAAUGCUGUUAACUCUGGUCCAAGGAGAAACUGAAAAUUCGGAGCGUGCGCGGAGUUUUGCGGUGCGCGCCAGUCGAUAACUUGUUUCCAGACUCUACUCUGCCAACCUAGAAGUGAAGGGGUAAGUAGUUUCCAACGAACCUGUGGUGCCGUGUCGGUGGGGUGCUGUAACAAGAUAAUUUGGUUUUAUCAAAUGAGUUGAUAAUGUAAUUUGGCCACAGACGUUUCGAGCGCUAGCCCUUCACUAGAGCAAACUGUCAGCUUAGAAACUCUUUACUGUGGCCAACUCAAUUGAUAAACCAAAUUAUCUCAGAGCUGAGAUGUCGGUUGUCUCAGGAGUCAUCCCUUGAUUAUGACUAUACCGCAGAAUAGGCAAAAUAUUCUUGAGUUUUUCGGGCAAGCGAGAGACGAGAACGAAGCACAAGUCACGCAUGAGGGGAGGAAGAGAGCAACAGCGUGAGGCUCUUCGAGUUAGGUUACUUCCCACCCUCAGAGGCCGAGUCUUUCAUUUCACUAAACUGAAUUCAAACCUAAAGGCAUCCGAGCUAUUCAGAAGAACAUAUUUUCAAAUAAAAGUUAUUAAAUCAGGAAUGAUCUCGGACCUAAGAGAAUCCCUGAGGGGAGUUUCGCGGCAACCGCCCAUCAUGAUGUUGGGGCUCGUUUUUUAUGUUAUUUCCAUAUUUUAUUUACAUCGCGCACUUGACAAAAUUCACACGUGGAGCUCUUUGCUUAUGGAAAAAUCUUUGCUCAGGAAAAAUCAAAGGUGGAAGAAAGUCCUCGGUAAAAAAAAAAAGGCCAUUGAAGAAAGAGAGAAAAAAGAAAGAGUACCAUUCUGUCCAGAAAAGAAAUUCCUUUGUGAAAGCGACUGAUACUGUUGGAGCUCCAUACUGGCGUCAGAUUUCGAACAGAGAAGUCGCCGUCAGACCAAAAUUUGCCAUAUAAUGUAUUUUCCGUUGGUAUUCGAAAUAAUUAGGCGUACUUGUUUCGCUUUGACAUCUGGCACUCCCUUUAUUGUGCCUUCUACGCUGUUAUUGGUCGGCUUCUAGUACUUAUACUCUCUACUGUUCACUGUACACCAUUCCCGUUUGCGGUUUCCUACUUCACAGUUUUACGUCUUUUCGCGAGUGUUUUUUCAAGCGUGUGCUUCUAAUGUCCAGCGAACAGGAGCAAACCGAAGGUUCUUCCCGCUCAACAGAUACGACCCAACCGGUUCAUGGUGGUGGCAACUCGGCAUCUGUCGAGCAGGUUUUCUCAAUGUUUAAAGAUUACCUGGAGAAGAAAUUGGAGGUUAAAACCAAGCAGAUCGAGCAAAAGAGCAAAAUAGACAAAGAAGUCGUGCAAUUGAAAUACAAGGGCAACCAGAAGCAGUACGAGCUCAAUGCAGAAUUGGAUUCCAUCACUGAAAGCAUAGAAACCGAGUCAGAGCGCGGCGAACCAAAUUUACCGCUGAUUAAGAAGUAUUCUCAAGAGGCCAGGGAGCUUAUUCGCAAACGGCAAAAGCUAAUAAAAAUUGCCCACAAGAGCAAGGACGGUUGGCAAGUUGUGGCAGAAUACGAAUCCGAUGAGUUGGCGUCCGACUCCGCAGAUAAGAAACGGCUCAAAAAGUCUAGGGAAACGGCGAGUCGAAAGAGACGACAAAAGGACCAACUCACAAGCCGGAGCGGAAAGAAAGCAAGAGCCGCUGUGGGUUCUGAUAAUCAGCUUUUUCGUGGUAAGAAAAAUUGCCUACAAUUUACUUUGUGAUUUCAUAUGGUUUUGGAUCCGCUUACGCAUCCUACCAUACUGCUUGAGUGAUUUAUUUAUUACAGGAAUUUAAGGGUAAAAUAAUUUACGUUCGUUUGAGCGAAGCGAAUUAGAACGUAAAUGCAUUUUCAGCUGGUAUUCGAAGUAAUUAGGCGUACUUGUUUCGCUUUGACACCUGGCACUCCCUUUAUUGUGCCUUCUACGCUGUUAUUGGUCGGCUUCUAGUACUUAUACUCUCUACUGUUCACUGUACACCAUUCACGUUUGCGGUUUCCUACUUCACAGUUUACAUUUUCGCGAGUGUUUUCCCACCCCCCCUCUGCUUACUACGUUUUCUUUUAUUACUUUUAUUCUGGCCGUAGAGGCGCUUCUUGCGACUACUCACGUUGCUACAAGUGUGGAAAACUUGGGCACUGGGCUAAAGACUGCAAAUCCAUGUUCUGGCCAGGAAGUUACCAGUUUCCUAACUACAAUACUUACCCUGGACUCUCCUACAACAAGCCAGCCGGAAGCCAUUCAUCUCAAUACCAAUCAAAGCAGUGAAGAGGACUUGGCACAGGUAGAAGAAAUCGUACAGAAAUACGAACUUGAAAGCGGACAGUCUUUAACUGUUAAGGGUAAUUUGAAGAAAAAUGUAGGGUUUUGGAGAUCUAUUGGUGCUCCAAAUUUCAUUUUGACUAUUAUUGAAAAGGGCUACAAAUGA